AUGGUAUACAACCCUUCGAACCCUUCUAAAUCCCUUCCUACACCGGAUUACACGCCCGACGUCACCCCCGCUUCGUCCCCUGUUCAAGUCACUUUUGAUAUCUCCCUCAUCAUCGGUAUAACCGGCUCGGCAGGUUUGGUAGGCACCGACUUGGUUCACCUCGCUCUCAGACAGGGUCAUACAGUUCUAGCUAUGGAUAUAGUCUCUCCUGAAGAUGAUGAAAACGUCAAAUUACCCAAAGAUUUAGAAGAUUAUGCUAAAAGCCGAUAUACAUACAAGCAGAUUUCGUCAUUGGACUACGAAGGGUAUAAGACCGCUUGUAAGAGUGCGAGAUGUAAUGCUUUGGUGCAUUUGGCGAUGAUUCCUAAUGGGGCGGAUGUAGAUGGGAGGUUUGGGAUUGGCAAACCACAGUAUGAAGUACACAAUUCCAAUGUGGCAAUGUCAUGCAACACCCUUUCGAUCGCUGCUGAACUAGGGAUCAACAGAGUAGUUCUAGCAUCUAGUGUGAAUGCGGUCGGGAUGUUAUUCUCCCACAGACCUACAUUCGAUUAUCUACCGAUCGAUGAGAAACACCCUUGUAGACCUGAAGAUGCCUAUUCGAUGAGUAAAUACUUCUGCGAACUUCAAUCCGACUCAUACGUCCGUCGUUAUCCCUCACUGCGAGUCGCAUCACUCCGAUUCCACGGUGUUGUCCGAGAAUCCAACGUCAGCAGGAAAUCGUUAGAUGAAUUAGCGGGAUCGUGGAAAGAUCUAUGGGGAUGGGUAUCUUCCCCUGCUGUAUCACGUGCAUGCCUUUUAGGUCUGACUUCCUCCACAAGAUGUUUCCCUGAGGGUACACAUGAGACUUUUUUCAUCGUUGCUCCUACCAUCUGUCAACAGACGUCUACUUUGGAUUUACUUGAUGAAUAUUAUGCGGAAAUAAUCAAGGAGAACAGACUAAAGAAGAGUAUCAGAGGUAAUGAGGGUUUGUUCGAUUGUGGAAAAGCGAAGAGGAUGUUGGGGUGGGAAGAAUAUGGUUUUUGGUAUGAGGAAUGA